CAGGCCUUGACAAGUUCAUAAGGAAGAGUUCUAUCAAACCAAUGGUUUGGAAAAGAAAAUUCGAAUGGACUCUUGCAUUACUGCAACUUUUUUUCAUCGUUGUUUUCGCCUUCUUUUUCAAAUAUGGCGACGAUUUACUUCCCAAAGUUUCGAAAUUUAGCAACAGCAGCAACGACAUCGAACAAGAACAUCAGCCCAACAUUUUGCCUAAAUACUAUCCAAUGUUUCAAGAUAUCAAUGCUAUGAUCUUCUUCGGUGUGGCUUUUCUGUACGCAUUCCUGGGUAAAUAUGGCUACACAGGAGUAGGUAUGAAUAUUCUGAUGGCUGCUGUAGCAGUGCAGUGGGGAAUAAUUAGUACCAUUUGGUGGAACUUAGAAAAUGGAAAAAUGAAACUCGACGUUACAAGUUUAAUUAAAGGAGAAUUCGCGGCAGCAGUUGCCGUCAUAGCCUUUGGCGGAAUCUUCGGGAAGAUAAGCAGGCUACAGAUGAUUGCGCACACUCUGAUUGUAGUCCUCAUUUACACCAAUGUCAACCACUGCUGUGAAGUUUAUUUGCAGACAUAUGAUUCUGGAGAAUCAGUUUCAUUGCACCUAUUUGCUGCAAUCUUCGGUUGUGCCGUAGCUUAUGUUGCUGAUAAGAAGAAAACCGUCCAAGGCAAUCCAAAUGAGAAGCCAAGCUACAACUCUAAUAUUUUCUGUAUGAUCGGUACAAUUCUUCUGUGGGCAUUUUGGCCAAGUUUCAAUGCCGGACUAGAUGAUGGUGAUAGUCAACACAGAGCAGUACUGAAUACUUAUCUUGCUUUGAUUGGGAGUUUGAUUUCAUCUUUUAUUGUGUCUUCACUAUUACAUAAGACUGGAAAAUUUACAAUGAGUCACAUACAAAAUGCAACGCUGGCCGGAGGUGUUGGGAUAGCAGCCACAUCAAAUUUGUUGGUCCAUCCAUUUGGUGCUCUCAUUAUAGGGACAAUAUCUGGUAGCAUCUCAGUAACUGGGUUUCAGUACUUAUCACCAUUUUUAACGAAAAUACAAGUCUACGAUCCAUGUGGCAUCAACAGUUUACAUGGAAUACCAGGACUUUUUGGAGGAAUCACAAGCAUUGUUACAGCUUUGCUCGCAAAUGAAAAUUCGUACGGAUACAGUUUGUACAAAUUUUACCCUGCCAUGGCACCAGAGGCAAACACCACAGCUUUCUUCGAAAUUCAACGAAGCAUUCCUGACAUAAAGCCUGGAAUCAACAGAACACCAGAGAUACAAGCUUGUUACCAGCUUUUGUAUAUAGUUACAGUAAUCGUUAUUGCAACAAUAACGGGAUUAAUUACAGGUUGGCUGUUACAGUCAAGUUGGUUUGAUCCUUUAGAAGAAAAGCAAAUGUAUACCGAUGACACUUUCUGGGUGGUUCCUACAUCAAAUGAAAAUGAAAAAGUGAGCAAUCGUUCGAAUACACUACAAGGAUCCGAAGCAAAGGAAAAUUGUUAUCAAAUGUCCACUUCAUAAGUGGAACGAUAAAACUUCAUCUUAUUGAAAACAAAGACAUG